UCCACUUUCUCUCUCUAGAUUGUUCCUGGAAAAGUCCAAGUACUCAAUCAAUAAGGACGAUGUGCAUUGCUUGUUGACUAGCUUAUGGUUUCUGAUCUGAAUUGAUUAUAGGACCUCCGGUCGCAAUUAGAUAAAGAAGAUGGUGAAGAUUUGUUGCAUUGGAGCUGGGUAUGUUGGAGGGCCCACCAUGGCAGUCAUUGCACUUAAGUGCCCAUCCAUUGAGGUGGCUGUUGUUGAUAUCUCUGUAUCUCGGAUCACAGCUUGGAACAGUGACCAACUGCCAAUUUAUGAGCCAGGCCUAGAUGGUGUGGUGAAGCAGUGUCGUGGCAAGAACCUCUUCUUCAGCACUGAUGUGGAGAAACAUGUAUCAGAGGCUGAUAUUGUCUUUGUUUCUGUCAACACCCCAACCAAAACGCGGGGGCUUGGAGCAGGAAAAGCUGCGGAUCUGACUUACUGGGAGAGUGCAGCCCGCAUGAUUGCUGAUGUGUCAAAGUCUGACAAAAUAGUUGUUGAGAAAUCUACAGUUCCAGUUAAGACAGCUGAGGCAAUAGAAAAGAUUCUGACCCACAACAGCAAAGGAAUCAAGUUCCAAAUUCUCUCAAACCCAGAAUUCCUUGCUGAGGGCACUGCAAUUCAAGAUCUUUUAAAACCGGACCGGGUCCUCAUUGGAGGCAGGGAGACCCCAGAAGGUCAGAAGGCAAUCCAAGCACUGAAGGAUGUUUAUGCCCACUGGGUUCCCGAAGACCGAAUUUUAACCACCAAUCUUUGGUCUGCAGAGCUCUCCAAGCUUGCUGCUAAUGCCUUCUUGGCCCAGAGGAUUUCAUCUGUUAAUGCCAUGUCGGCUCUCUGUGAGGCUACUGGGGCAGAUGUUACACAGGUUUCAUAUGCGGUUGGCACAGACACAAGGAUUGGGCCCAAGUUCCUAAAUGCUAGUGUUGGUUUUGGUGGAUCCUGUUUCCAGAAGGACAUUUUGAACCUGGUUUACAUCUGCGAGUGCAAUGGCCUUCCUGAAGUGGCAGAAUACUGGAAACAGGUCAUCAAAGUGAAUGAUUAUCAGAAAAACCGCUUUGUCAACCGUGUGGUUUCCUCUAUGUUUAACACGGUCUCAAAUAAGAAGAUUGCCAUUUUAGGGUUUGCCUUCAAGAAGGAUACAGGUGACACAAGGGAAACCCCAGCAAUUGAUGUGUGCAAGGGGCUGUUAGGGGACAAGGCCCGGUUGAGCAUAUAUGAUCCACAAGUCACUGAGGACCAGAUCCAGAGGGACCUUACUAUGAACAAGUUUGACUGGGACCAUCCCAUUCACCUGCAACCUAUGAGUCCCACAACUGUGAAGCAGGUGAGUAUGGUUUGGGACGCCUACUCGGCAACGAAGGAUGCCCACGGCAUUUGCAUUUUAACUGAGUGGGAUGAGUUCAAAACUCUCGACUAUAAGAAGAUAUAUGAUAACAUGCAGAAACCAGCUUUUGUGUUUGAUGGUAGGAACAUUGUGAAUGCAGAAAAGCUGAGGGAGAUCGGUUUUAUUGUGUACUCUAUUGGGAAGCCGCUGGAUCCAUGGCUGAAGGACAUGCCUGCUGUGGCAUAAAAAGAGAUGCAGCAUCCGAGUGGUUUGUGUUGGGAGGGUCCACCAGGCCCUAUAGUAUGAGGCAGUCAGUUUGAUUCUUUAAUAUUUUUUUAGUGAGUUUCUGAUGUGUCUUACUUUCCCUUACUAGUCAGGAUUAUUGGUAUUACCAUUUUUGGUGAAAGUGAGGGGCAAUGUUUUGCCUUACAUUGUAUUUCAUGCAUCGGUUGUCUGUUACUUGUUCUGUUAGAAAACCUUGUUUCAACUUUUGUUUGGUUUAAACCCACUACUCUGAUUAUAAUGCUUAAGUUCUAGAAAACAUUUGCUUAUUAUGGAUUUUGACGCUAA